AUGUUAAAAAAUAUUUAUUUAUUGAAAAAAAUAAAUACAAAAUUUAAUAAUAGUUUGUAUGUUCGCCAUUUCUCUAUAUUAGAAAGAUAUAUAAGAGCAAGACCACAUUCUAAUGAAUUAAAAAUAAGUGAAGGAGAUGUAAAUAAAGAAAGAAAAGGUGAAUAUAAAAAAAAAGAAAGUAAAUAUUACCCACCAAAUAUAACAAGGGGAGUAAUACCAAAAAGCGCUUAUAUGAAUAUAUGGAAAAUACCAGAACAACCAGAGAAUCCUAAAUUUUUAAAAAUUGCUUUAAUUGGGGCUCCCAAUGCAGGAAAAAGCUCUCUUUUAAACUCUAUUUUAAAUAAAACGAUUUCAGCAGUUUCUCCCAAAAUUAAUACAACAAAACAUGAUAUAAAAGGAAUUUAUACGAGGGAUAAUGUACAGUUAAUAUUUAUCGAUGCUCCUGGUGUUAUUCCUUCUCAUAAAAAGAAAAAAUUUUGUAAAGAAUUAGUUAGUUAUGCCUGGAAGGGCUAUGAAGAAGCAGACUUAGUUUUAUUUAUUGUUGAUACUGUAAAAAGGCCAACAAAUGAUAUUUUCAGUAUUGUUAGAAUACUAGCACCGAAGAAGGUAGAUACAGAUAGUAGUGAAAGUGAAGAAGAAAACAACGAUUAUGAUAAAGAAUAUGAUAAUUAUCAAGAAAAUUUUAAAGAAAGUAAUAUAAAUAAUGAUAAUUAUAUUGAAAAAAAUGUAGAAGGAGAUGAGAAAAAGAAAAAUAAUAAUUCUAUUUCAAAUAACCGAAAUUAUGAAGAUUCUUUUUUAAAGGAAAAAAAUGAUAAUAAAAAACAAGAAGAAAAAUUCAUAAAAUAUUUUUCAGGAAAAAUGAAAAAUGAUCUUAAUUACAAUGAUAAAAGUAUUAAGGAAAAUUUAUUUGAAAACAGAAAAAAAAUAAUAGAAUCCUAUUACGAUACAAAAAAUUUAGCUAAAAAUGAAAAAAAAAUUGUUCCUCCAGUAAUUUUAGUUUUAAAUAAGGUAGAUUUGUGCACACAUAACAAAUGGGCUAAUGCUAGAGCCAAAGAAUUUAUGAGUAACGGAGAUUUUGAUAAUAUUUUUUUUAUAUCUGCAAAAUAUAACAAAGGAAUUGAAGAAUUAUUAGAAUAUAUUAUAAAAUAUAAAGCAAAAAACCAACUUUGGAUAUACCCCAAAGAUACUAGUACAACUUUAACAAAAGUACAAAUUGUUGAACAACUAAUUAAUACUUAUUUAUAUUGUUGGUUUAAUAAAGACGUCCCAUAUAAAAUUAAACAUCAAAUGCUGUCAUGGUGUGUAAAUUUAAAUAAUUGUCUGAUAAUAGAAUAUCAAAUUAUUGUAAAAAGUGAAAAAGUAGCUAAAAUGAUAUGUGGGGUUCAUAAUAAACUAAUAAUUAAUAUGAGAAAAAAUGUAUCUUAUAAAUUAACUAAAUUAUGGGGACAAAAUGUAUAUGUACAUAUUCAUGUUAAAUCUGUUAAUAUUUAA